AUGUUGCGGUGCGGCUGCGAGACGGGUGCUUGCGGUCAGCCUCAUGAAUGUCCGGAACAUUACACUGGUGUCACGGUGGCCCUGGAAUGUGCCUGUGCGUGCCGCGUGAACGACUAUAAGUUCUCGUGCUUACUCGACAUCCUGGAGGAGCACAUCAUUGCCACGGCGCAGGUCAACUAUUGUCACCUGCCCGUCGACAUCACCUUCCAUGUGAAUCAUCAGUACGGCAAAGGUAAGAGCCAGUACUGGACGUACACCUUCGUCACGACCAACCAGAACGAGCGCGUCCUCAUCCCCGGGCUGCAGCUGCCGUCGGCCCCCCACGCCCCUGUGUACUUGUACGUUCGGGUCCCAGAGAGAGACUUCAGCUUGCAUAACACCUCCUUUGUCUCCAUAGAGGCCUCCUUCGUAGCAGAGCUGAGGAACAACGAGUGGGAGGAAGCCGAGUUCAUCAACCACACCAUCUACAUCAGGUCUACUGAGGACUGUCGCUUCAGCUCCUCGGGACAGGACCCAAUACCAUGGAUAAUUGGAUGUUUGUUUGCCAUCAUACUUGUUUGUGGAGGCAUUGGAGGGGGGUGUUACCUCUACCGACGUAAGAAGAUGACUGUUGACCAACUGGCUCUGGUCAAUGCCAUGGAGGUUGGCUUGCCUGGAGCCCAGCCAUAUCAGAUGGGGACAGUGGAAAACAAGUCUGACAGAACACCAGGUGAUUCAGAGAGGAAAACAGACAAGGAAGAAAAUAUUUCUAAAGAAAACAAGGGCAAGCAGGCAACAGUAGAAGAAGAUGAAGAUGAAAUAAGUGGCAAGAAAGGUUUCAAAUUUAACAGAUUGAAGGAAGAGAAACCUGAAAUGCCAAAGAACUAUGUAAAAGGCAUUGAUAACUCUGUCAUCAUUGGUAACCCAGCAUAUCUAGAAGAAGUAGAUCAAGUGCAAAACAAAGGCAGUUCAGGAGAGGAACAUGAUCAUAGGAAUCAAGUAGAUCAGAAUAACAGUAAGAUCUCCAGGAAUGAGGUGUAUGAAGUCAGUAAAGAGAUCUCCAGUCAAAACAUGAGACAGAUGAAUCCUGAAGCGGACUGUUAUGAAAAUGAUGUAACAGAUAAUGGGCCUAAAGUCUGCCAAGAUGAGAUGGAACCUUCACAACUUUCAGAUGAUAGUUCAGACAGCAGUUUGCAGGUGGGCCAGGGUGCUCGUCCCAAAGUGAGAGGAGUUGCAGCAUCAAUCACAGGUUCUACAACGGUUGCAGGAGAUGCUAGUGAUGCACAUAAUGAAUCUCCAAAGUGCUUAUAAAUAGUGUCCUCUCUAUGUGAAAAAAAAAACUUUCUGUGGGAGAUAAUUUUUUCAUUCUCAGUUUUAGAUGGAGAGGGAAAGAAAAAAGAGCAGAAGAUACAUAUUCUUAUAUUCAGUGUUCUAUCAUUGAACAUAAUUUCACUUCCAGUCUCUUGGUAGUGUCAGGUAUUUGCCUCCCCCCCCAUCCCUCCCUUUUUCUCCCUCCCUCCCUUUCUCUCCCUCUGCCUUAAGGGGCAUCUGACACUGUGCUGUAAUGCAUUGCAAUUAAUGUAUAAUAGUUUUAUAGCAGCACUGUAAAAACUUAAAAUAAAAAAGAAAAAAGUGGAGUAAAGGCUGUGAUUUUUUUUUGUGGAAAUUUUUCUUUGGAAUUUUUAAAAUCUUGAGUAAAUUUACAUGUUACAGUUAAUUCUUCAGAUGCAUGGAGAGCGUGAGAAGAACAGCUAAUAAACACAGGCCAUGUGUUUAUUUGAUGUACAUCUGUUGGAGAUUAGAAAUAAAAAAAAUUAUUGACAAGUUCAGUAGUUAAGAGGAAGUUUGUUGCACCAAUACCAGUUAUUCUUUUAAUGUUGUAUUUAUGAAGAUACUCCAAUGUUGAUCUUGUAUUUAGAUUUAUUUAUCGAAGGAUGGUUGCUAGAUUUUUUCAUUACUGUACAGGUAAAUAGUAGUUUCUCUUUCUCUGCCCUACUAGAUUCCUUUUCUUUAUAAUAAUCUAUUCCAGGUAUGUCGAGUUAAAACAAAGGAAGGAGAAAAGUUUGUGUAUAAAGUAUAGAGUAUUAUUGCUUUAUGACUAGGCUAGAUGUUUACAGUGGUUGCUAGAAUUUUUUUUUCGUAGCUGAAGUUAGAUGAAGGUUUGGUCCAUCUUCUGGAAUUCAUAAUGUAAUUUCUAAUUUUCAAGAUAUCUGAAAACUUAAGUUUUGAAUAAUUCACUGUGGUAAAUAUAGAGCAUACUUAUACUUUCAUACUCUUAUUAACCCUAAAUAUUUGAAAUUUACAAAAAACAAAAAUCAGGCAGUCCCUUCUAAUUGGAGGGCGAGCCUUAAUUUUUUCAUUAUAAUGUUAAUAAUGGCAUCAGGCAAAUCAUUUGAUAUUAUUAUCCCAUUUUAUAGACCCGUUGGAUCUAGGUAAUAUGGACAUCAUGCCAUGAAAAAUUUAGGCCAAGGGCUGGGUGAUGGAAACAUUUUGUCAUGGGGAAAUUGUUGGACAGUGUCAGGUGAUGAGGACACCUAGCCAUGAAUGCACAAAGCAUUUGGAGUGAGACUGAUUCA